AUGUUUCAAAUUUUGUCAUCAUAUUCUCUUAACUCUCUCUUCAUAGGAUGCACUGGUCUGGAGGAACUGUCUGGAAUUGAUUCAUCAUUUGAAGAAUUUAACUCAACUUUAUUCAGUCAGGCUUCUAAAGAUGUAGAGCGCAGCGUUCAAAGCAAGAGUGUCAAUGCCCAGCUGGAUGAGAGCAUCUUGGUGUUUUUAACCCGUUUAUCUCCUUACUUCAUGCUGAAGCCAGCUCAAAAAUGCCUUGAGUGGCUGAUUCAAAGGUUCCACAUCCACUUGUACAAUCAGGACAGUUUGAUUGGCUGUGUUCUUCCCUAUCAUGAGACUAAAGUAUUUGUGAGAGUCAUUCAGCUACUUAAACUCAGCGACCCAACUCAUCGAUGGCACUGGCUGGAGCCCAUACAGAAACCUGGGGUGCCAUUGGCAAAGAAUACCUUAAUCAACCAUUGUUACAAAGAUAUGAGCUUCAUGGAUUUCAUUUGUAAUCUGGUCACCAAAGCUGGGAAGGCAUUUCUCGACAACCCUGGUAACGCAGCACAACUGAGGGUGCUUUUUUCUUUUUAUGAUGAUACAGCUUCUAAAGAUGUAGAGCGCAGCGUUCAAAGCAAGAGUGUCAAUGCCCAGCUGGAUGAGAGCAUCUUGGUGUUUUUAACCCGUUUAUCUCCUUACUUCAUGCUGAAGCCAGCUCAAAAAUGCCUUGAGUGGCUGAUUCAAAGAACUCGUAGAAAUGACGGCAGGAGGUUCUGCAUGGAAAUGGAGAUUAAAGUUCUGAAGAUAGCUCCUCCGAUGGCUCAGUUAAUUAUGCCAGUGAAACAGCCAUGA